CCGGCCGGCCCGGCCAGCCGGUCCCCCCCACAACCCCGAGCCAUCUCCCUCGCGUUUUACCCUUAACCCGCUUAUAUAUACGCGCCUUUACCACCGUUACCCGUCUCUCACAUCGCUCUCCGGCCUCCCGCCGCUAGCUGCUCCCCGCCCACCAACGCCACUGGAUCCAUCUAGCUACCGCCGUACCGGCAGCGCAUCAGCAAGAGAGGGAGUCUAGCGCGUGCGCGUGCCCUGACUUUGAUGCGCGUAGCCGCCGCCGCGGUCCAUGGCCUCCGCCGUCGCGAGUAACCUUGCCCCCGCCGCCGUGCCGUACGGGUGGCUCAGCCCGCGCGUGUCGUUUAGCCGCGACGCUGGCGACAUGGAUGCCGUUGCCGUGUCGUCCCCCGUGGCCGUCGCCGCCAUGGCCGUGGCCACGCCGGAGCCAGCGAUCUCCAAGGACUUCAUCGACUUCGAGUUCAGCCUCGGCGGGUCCGCCACCAUGCUCCCCGCGGACGAGCUGUUCGCGGACGGGAAGCUGCUGCCGCUGAGGAAGGCGGCGGCGCCUUUGCCGGGUCCGGAGGCCCCGCCGCCGGCGCAGGCGGAGGCGGCAAUGCCGGCGCCCGCGGAGCCGAUCAAGCCCCUCCGCGCCGCGGCGGUCACGGCGGCGGCCGACGGGACCGACCCCUACGUGUUCUCGCCCAAGGCGCCCAGCUGCUCCAGCCGGUGGCGCGAGCUGCUCGGGCUCAAGAGAGCCGCGGCCGCGCAGAGCCCCAGCGCGAAGCCCUCGCCCUCGCCAGCUGCGGCGGCGGCGAGGACCCCCGCGGCGAGGGCGACGAACUCCGCGGCGGCGAGGUCGCUCAAGCUCCUGCUCCAGCGGAACACCGGGCGCGGGUCGGGCGCCUCGGCGUCGGACCUCGCGUCGGCGCCGCUCCUCCGCGACAGCUCCGACUCGGAGGCGUCGCUCUCCCUCGCCUCCUCCCGCUUCUCGCUCUCCUCCUCGUCCUCCUCCUCCGGCCACGACCACGACGACGUGCCCCGCCUCUCCCUCGACUCCGCCGCCGCCGCCGACCCCAACCCGCCGCGCCUCCGGUUGGUCCGCUCCUCCAACCACCGCCACUCCACGUCCGGCUCCACCCGCGCCGGCCGCAGCCCCGCGCGGCGCCGCCCUUCCCCUCCCCCUCCCCCGCGGUGCCUCUCCGUGGACUCCCCGCGCAUGAACUCGUCGGGCAAGAUCGUGUUCCAGGGCCUGGAGCGGAGCUCCAGCUCCCCCUGCAGCUUCCACGCGGCCUCCAAGUCCCGGUCCCGCGCGGUGGACCGGUCCUACUCCUCCGGCGUCCGCGUGGCGCCCGUGGUGCUCAACGUGCCCGUGUGCUCCCGCCCCGUGUUCGGCUUCUUCAAGGACAAGAAGGACUCCGCCGCGGCCAAGGACGCCGCUACUGCAGCGGCAGCGGCGGCGGCGAGGUCCAGGUCGUCGCUGGGGCGGAAGGCCCAAGGGUGGAGCGGCGAGCUGCCGAGAUCCUCCGGGUGAUUUGACCCCCGCUUGACCGGGCUGCCAGCGGCGACGGCGUCGUUUGUCCCGCUUGCGCCGUCGUGAUGAUGAUGAUGAUGAGAGGAUGGAUGGAUGGAUAGCUCGGGUGGGUUGGUGUUGGGUUUAACUGAUUUUGUUUGUUCUUUGGAGACGAUGAGAUGGGUGAAGGCUGGUCUAAUCGAUUGACUGUUUUUUUCCCUUUUUCUUCUUUUUUGCUCGACUGUAAAUUCGAGUUUUGUACUGCUCUUCUGAUCGAUUUGGUUCAACCGUUCAAUGCAAAAAAAGGUGGAAAAUUUUCUCAA